CUCCCCAUGCUCAGCCCGGCGCGGCGGGCGCUUCCCCGGUGAGGGCGGAUUCGCGCUGCCCGCGCCGUCCCCUCCGCGGCGCUCCGGACCCUGCCUGGCCCCUAAGAUGGCGAGUGGGAUGAAUGGCCCGGGCGGCGGCGCGGCGGCGGCGGCCGGGGGCGGCGAGGAGGAGCCGGGCGCCCGCCACGCGGGAGGCGGAGCCGUGCCCCAGCAGGAGCCCGGCGCGGCCGCGGCGGGCGAGGGGGAGCCGGCGGCGGGCGAGGGCGGCCGCUGCCCGUCGCCGCAGCCCCACCACCUGCUGCUGCUGCUGCGGCGCUCGCCCAGCGCCUCGCUGUGCCCGGAGGCCGCCCGCGCCGCCCCCGCCGCGGCCCGCGCCGGCCAGCCGCCCCGCGCCGCCCCGCUGCCCGCCGCCGGCGACGACGUGCGCAAGUGCGGCUACCUGCGGAAGCAGAAGCACGGCCACAAGCGCUACUUCGUGCUGCGGGCCGAGAGCCACCUGGCCCCCGCCCGCCUCGAGUACUACGACAGCGAGAAGAAGUUCAAGAGCAGCCUGCGGGCCGCGGGCGGCGGGGCCGCCUCGCUCUGCUGCCCCCCGCCCAAGCGGGUCAUCCCCCUCUACCAGUGCUUCACCGUCAGCCGGCGGGCCGACGCCAAGCACAAGCACAUCAUCGCCCUGUACACCAAGGACGAGUAUUUUGCGAUGCUGGCCGAGAACGAGGCCGAGCAGGAGGCCUGGUACCAAGCCAUCAGCGAGCUCAUGAGCCAGAGCAAGAGGGGCGUCCUGGAGCAGGAGGACCACGCGGAUCCGCAGGCAGAUGAGGAUGACGAGCACUAUGGCACUGCGCUGAGGCCCGGCACCGUCUUCAAGGAGGUGUGGCAGGUCAACGUGAAGCCCAAAGGACUGGGCCAGACGAAGAACCUUACUGGAGUGUACAGGUUGUGCCUUUCCAGCAAGGCCAUUCACCUCGUCAAGCUGAACUCAGAGGUGCCCUCUGUCCACUUGCAGCUGAUGAAUAUCCGCCGCUGUGGGCACUCAGAGAACUUCUUUUUCAUCGAAGUGGGCAGAUCUGCCUCCAUUGGGCCUGGAGAGCUCUGGAUGCAAGUGGAUGAUUCGGUGGUUGCCCAGAAUAUGCACGAGACUUUUCUGGAGACCAUGAAAGCGCUGAAGGCCUUUGCAGAGUUCAGGCCCCGAAGCAAGAGCCAGUCUUCUGGUGGUGGUAGUGGUACCAAUCCUAUUUCUUUCAUCACCACUAGGAGGCACUUGGGCAACUUGCCCCCCAGCCAGACAGGCUUGCAGAGGAGAUCUAGAACUGAGAGCGUUGCUGGAGGGACUCCACCUACCACCAAAAGCAGCAGCUCCUAUCGCUUCAGAACGUCCAGCGAAGGAGAAGGAACGAUGACUAGACCUUUCAGGUCAGUGACUGGGAGUCUGAUCCAUCUGAAUACUGCAAGGAUGAAUCUGGGCCGGCAAGAAGGGAGCGGAAGGUAUGUUAGAGCAGCUUUCAGCUCUUCUUAUCACACUAGGUCUGCUUCGCUGCCAGUGUCGCAUUUUCCCUCCACUACAAGUCCCAUCAGUGUUUCUUCCAGUAGUGGCCAUGGCUCUGCUUCGGACAUGUUGACCAGGCCUUCUAGCUCAUCUGUUUGUGGCUCCCCAAGUGAUGGGGGAUUUAUCUCUUCGGAUGAAUAUGGCUCUAGCCCUGGAGAUUUCAGGUACUUUCGGGUCAGGAGUAAUACUCCAGAUUCCCUGGGAAACACACCGCCUAUCAGAGAAGAGAACUGUUUGAGUGAGUACAUGUCCAUGAGUAAACAGCAGGCAGAUGAUAGUUCAAGAGAUGAUUAUAUGGAGGCUGAAAAGUGUUUCAGGAAAAGAACUUACUCUCUAACUAAACCAACUUCUGCAGCAGUGCAGCAGAAGACAACACAGACUACCGCUUCAUUAGAUGAGGAUUCUGCAGGAAAUCAUGGACGAUUACUUUACUCUGAAUCACCAAAAUUGAAAGAUAACCAUGAAUCCGACUACAGUGACACUAACCUUGAUUCUGUAUGUAACCAAAGCAGGAGUAAAGCCAGGGAUGAUGGGUACAUGCCAAUGAUGCCUGGAGUUGCAUCUUCUCUAUCAAGCAACACUGAUUAUUUGCCAAUGACUGCUAAAAGUGUGUCUGUUCCAAAACAGAUUAACAAUUCGUGGUCACCAUCUCAGGUUGACUCCAGAGGAUAUAUGAUGAUGUUUCCCAAGGCUAGCUCUUCACCUGUCCGAAGUCCCUUAACUGGAUUUAUAUCAAAAGGAAGUAAUGAGAAGAUUAUAAACAACGAGUAUAUGGAUAUGUCACCUGGUAAUUCAGCUCCAAAGCACCCUGGUGAUUCAAAUUAUAUUCAUACCACUUCUGUUUCCAGAGGUUUCAGCUCAUAUUUUUCUUUGCCCCGAAGCUUUAAGGCAUUAUCAGGACAGAAUGGUGACCACAGUGAAUAUGUUCCAAUGUCUUCACCUGGAAAACUUUUAUAUGGUGGACCAGAAAAUGUAAAAGGUGUCAACAAUGAAGGUCUGGCUAAUGGCAUCUCUAAGUCACCAGUUGUGAAAAGUUCAGAUGAAGGACUUGCUCAGAACAGGGCUACUAGGCCUACAAGACUCCCCCUAGGUACAAGAGGAAGUAAUACUAUCCCAAGAAUGUAUGAUCGUACGGUUCCACCUGAGCCUGCCAGUCCUGGUGAAUAUAUAAAUAUUGAUUUUAAUGAAAAGGCAAGUAAUACACCAUAUUCCUUAUCUGCAGAAGGAUCACCAUCAUCUCUGGGCUCAAGUAGUGACCACAGACAGUCCCCGCUUUCUGAUUAUAUGAGUGUUGAUUUGGAUGUACAGUCACCAAAAGCAGCAAAGGAACUGUCCAACUCUUUAACAGAUAUUACAAUUUAUGCAAGUUCCAGUAUUCCUAGAAACCAACCGAAUCCUGACUACGCUAGGCUUUCCUUUGGUACCGCUUGUGUUAGCGCUGCAAGUAACAGGACUGAUGAUUACACGGAGAUGUCGUUCAACAUGGCGACAACACCACCUCGGCCGUUUGCCUCUGAAUCUGACAACGGUGUAAAGAUUGACAGUCCUUCUUCCAUAGUUAAUAGGCUGUGCAUUGUUGAUCGAUAUGCUGGUAGCAGUAGCUUCUCUGUUCCUAGCUCUGAUCCUCCUAUGGGACCGAAAGUGAUUCGAGCCGAUCCUCAAGGCAGAAGGAGACACAGUUCAGAAACAUUCUCUUCUGCUGGGACUGUGACUACUUCCUCCUCUUUCUUUACUGAUAGUAGCAAAAGACACAGCUCUGCCUCAUUUGACAAUGUUUGGUUAAAACCAGAUGAAAACAUUUCUGAUGGUCAGGAAAGCAAAAUGUCCAGGGAUACCUCAACUGGAUUUCAGAAUGGCUUAAACUACAUAGCCCUGAAUUUACGUGAUGAUCCUAUAAGCUGUGAGGCAAGUACUGCUACACCAACUUGCCAUCUCCAAAAUGGUACUUCGAGUUUGGACAGUGGAGCUUACGUAAGCAUAGACUUCACCAGGUCCGACGGUCUGAAGUGUAACGCUGCGAGAAAAGACUGACUGCAUUACCAUGGAAACCGUUGCGGGAAGAGAAGACUUUUCUGCUGGUAACUCCAGAAACUGUGUGGUGCUUUUGGAAGCAAAGCUCAGCUCCAGCCAGCUACUCUCACUUCCACCAGCACAGACGUAGCCACACAUCCUUUUAAUUUUUUCAUGGACAUCAGCUCUUCACAGUCGCAUUAAUUUGAACUGAGAUUUUUUUCAUAGCUGUGCUUUGGUGGUGGAAGUUGGUCUUUCCUGUCAUACCUAUUUGAGAGGCAGUGGCAAUGCUAACAGGAGACUCCUGUACGCCCUCUUUCCUCCUCCUGCCUCUCCCGUUAAUUUGUUUUUUAUUUAUAUUCUGAGAAGUCAAAGCUGGUUUCUGAUUGUCUGUUUAACAUGGGUUUUGCUUCUCUGGUACAUUAACAAGUGAUUAGCUUAAAACAUGUAUUGUUUAGAAAUAUUUUGGCAGUUCAAGGUUUUUUUUUUUUUUUUUUUUUUUUU